AUGGCCGUCGAAGCGGAAACCGCCGCCGAGGCGCGCACGAGGCUCGCGUUCCAAAACCGAUGGAAGACCCUGGCGAAGAACCCAAAGAUCCUCGUUAUUGCUCUUUUUGCUUCGAUAGGAGGUCUUGAGUAUGGUUUUCAACAGGGAGUCUUGGGCCAGUCCCUUGUGAUGACGCGCUUUACGGACAACUUCCCAUCCGUCGUCAACUCAUCCAGCGCUACCGGUUGGUUGACUUCCAUCCUUCAGCUGGGAGGUAUUCUCGGCUCUCUCACCGCCGGCGUCUUUGGCGAGGUCUUCUCCCGCAAGUACACCAUGUUCUCAGCCUGUGUCUGGGUCAUCCUUGGAAGUUACCUUUACACUGGAGCGAGCUACCACAAGCCGGAGCUUCUCUAUGCCGGUCGCUUCUUUACUGGCCUCGGUGUCGGCACUUUCAGUGGUGUUGGCCCCCUCUACAACGCCGAGCUCGCCGCCCCCGAGAUGCGUGGCUUCAUCGUCUCUUUCUACCAGUUUGCCACCAUCUUAGGCAUCAUGUUGAGCUUCUGGGUCGGUUACGGCAGCAACUACAUCGGCGGCAUUGGCGCAGGCCAGUCAAACCUCGCCUGGAAACUCCCAUCCUACAUUCAGGGUAUUCCUGCCAUCCUGUUAGCCCUCGGGAUCUGGUGGCUCCCCUUCUCGCCCCGCUGGCUAGUGAAGCAGGGCCGAGACGAGGAAGCCGUCAAGACAAUUGCCUACCUCCGCAAGCUUCCUGAAGAAAACGACCUUGUCCAGGUGGAGUUCAAGGAGAUCAAAGCCGAGGCUCUCUUUGAGCAGCGCGCUUUCCAAAAGGCUUUCCCCCAGCUGGCUGAGAAGGAGAAAACCAGCGUUUGGAUGCGCGAGGUUGCGCAGUAUUGGCGUAUUGUCCGCGAAUGGUCCCACUUUAAGCGUGUUGCUACUGCUUGGUUGAUCAUGUUUUUCCAACAGUGGAGUGGCAUCGACGCUAUUAUAUACUAUGCGAGUAAUGUGUUCCAGAGCCUAGGUCUUACUGGCGGUACUACUGCUCUCCUUGCUACAGGGGUUACUGGAGUAGUGUUUUUUAUCAGUACUCUGCCUGCAAUGGCCUUCAUCGACAAGGUCGGCCGGAAGCCCAUUCUCAUCGGAGGCUCUAUCGUUAUGUUAAUUUCCAUGAUCAUUCCCGGAAUCAUCGUUGCUAAAUUUAGUUAUGACUGGCCGGGUCACCCUGCCGAGGGCUGGAUUGCUGUCGCGUUUAUUUGGAUCUAUAUCAGAGCUUUUGGUGCUUGGUCCGGUUUCUUGGACGCUGAUCUCCGAGAUCUUCCCCCUUUCCAUCCGUGCUAA